UUGGUUGGCCAGAGAGAUGCUCUGUCAAGUAGGUAACCCUCCACUGAGCCAGCCAGCUCUUUGAUAAGGUACAUUGGAUUAAGAUGUUUCCUUUAAGACUUGCAUGGCCGCCGGCAAAAAAUAAACGGGUUGACCCAGUUCGUCUACUAAGUAUUGCUUUACUCGGAGUUGACAAGCCGAACAGCCCAGAGCAGAAUCGGGGCACAAACGGGCUUACACCCCUCCCUGCCAGUUACAAGACCCACUCGCAGCCGACUUUCAGGACGUACCAAUACUGCUUCUUUAGAAAUCGAGACUCAUCAGACCAGGCAACAUUCUUCCAGUCUUCAACUGUCCAAUUUUGUACAACCAGCAGAGCCUGUCUGAACAUGGCGUCUGGCAGUGAGGGGGCAGGCAACCCCCCGACCAAACUUCAGAGACCCCCUAACCGCCUGGGACUGGAGAAGUCAUCUUACCUACUGCAACACGCACACAACCCAGUGGACUGGUAUCCAUGGGGACAAGAGGCAUUUGACAAAGCCAAGCAAGAAGACAAGCCUAUCUUCCUGUCAGUGGGCUAUUCUACCUGUCACUGGUGUCAUGUGAUGGAGAGGGAGUCCUUUGAAGACGAAGAGAUUGGAAAAAUCCUCAGUGACAACUUUGUGUGUAUUAAGGUUGACCGGGAGGAGAGACCUGAUGUGGACAAGGUCUACAUGACCUUUGUGCAGGCAACCAGUGGAGGUGGCGGUUGGCCAAUGAGUGUAUGGCUGACUCCUGACCUACGACCUUUCCUUGGGGGCACAUACUUUCCCCCCAGGGACAGUGGUAGGAGGCCUGGACUCAAAACUGUCCUUGCUAGAAUAAUGGAGCAGUGGGUGGAUAACCGUGAUGGGUUGGAGUCCAGUGGUGAGAGAGUUUUGGAAGCUUUGAAGAAGGGAACCUCAAUUGCAACUAACCCUGGGGAAACCCCGCCCCCUGCCCCAGACGUAGCCUAUCGCUGCUUUGCACAGCUAGCACACUCAUAUGAAGAGGAAUACGGAGGUUUUAGGGAUUCUCCCAAGUUCCCCUCACCAGUGAAUCUCAUGUUCCUGAUGUCUUUCUGGUCUGUGAACCGUUCGUCCUCUGAGGGGGCCGAGGCUCUCCAGAUGACCCUUCACACACUUCGCAUGAUGGCCCUGGGUGGCAUCCAUGACCAUGUGGGACAGGGGUUCCAUCGCUACUCUACUGACUCCUCCUGGCACGUUCCCCACUUUGAGAAGAUGCUUUAUGACCAGGCCCAGCUAGCUGUGGCCUACGUCACUGCCUACCAGGUGUCAGGGGAACAGGUUUUCUCUGAUGUGGCCCAGGAUAUUCUCCUCUACGUCUCCAGGGACCUCAGUGACAAGUCUGGGGGCUUCUACAGUGCUGAGGAUGCAGACUCCCUUCCUGCUUUGGGGGGGACUGAGAAGAGGGAGGGGGCGUUCUGUGUGUGGACCUGGUUAGAGAUCAGAGAACUACUUCCUGCUGUGGUGGACGGGGCAACAGGGGGCGCUACAGAGGCUGACAUCUUCAUGCACCACUACGGGGUCAAAGAACAAGGCAAUGUGGACCCGGAACAGGAUCCUCAUGGGGAGCUGCAGGGCCAGAAUGUAUUGAUUGUACGUUAUUCUGUGGAGCUGACAGCUGCACGCUUCGCCCUCACUGUAGAAAAGGUCUCUAAGCUACUGGCCUCCGCUAGAGCCAAGAUGGCAGAAGUCAGGAAGAGUCGGCCGGCCCCUCAUCUCGACACCAAAAUGCUGGCCUCCUGGAAUGGUCUGAUGUUAUCAGGCUUCGCGCGUGUUGGCUCUGUGCUAGAUGACAAGGCUCUGCUGGAAAGAGCAGUGCACGCCGCCCGCUUCCUGAAGGAGCACCUGUGGGACGCGGAGCGACAGAUCAUCCUUCACUCCUGUUACCGUGGAGAUGAGAUGGAGGUGGAGCAGGGGGUGUCGCCCAUCGCUGGUUUCCUAGACGAUUAUGCGUUUGUCAUCUGUGGUCUGCUGGACCUGUACGAGGCCACACUGGAGACAGACUGGCUCCGCUGGGCGGAGGAGCUGCAGGAGCGACAGGACCACCUCCUCUGGGACGCUGAGGGCGGAGGCUACUACUGCAGCAACCCUGCUGACCCAACAAUACUGCUACGACUUAAACAGGACCAGGACGGUGCAGAACCCAGUCCCAACUCUGUGUCCAGUCUGAACCUGCUGCGUCUGUCCCACUACACUGGUCGUAAGGACUGGUCCCAGCGCUCACAACAGCUGCUCGCCGCCUUCUCUGACCGACUCACCAGAGUCCCCAUCGCCCUGCCGGAGAUGGUCAGGGGCUCAAUGGCUAACCACUACACACCGAAACAGGUAGUAAUCUGUGGUGAGAGAGAUGCGCCGGACACCUCCGUUCUGCUAGCAACAGUCAACUCUCUGUUCCUUCCACACAAGGUCCUGAUGUUAGCUAACGGGGAGACGGAGGGCUAUCUGUACCAGCGUCUACCCGUCCUCUCCUCCCUGACCCGCCUGGAGGGCAGAGCCACAGCGUACGUGUGUGAGGACUUCACCUGCGCCCUCCCCGUAGCAGACCCACAGGAGCUCCGCACGCUUCUGCUAGCGUGACAGAGAGAGAGAGAGAGGAUGAGAGGACCAUGGGAACCCUGUCCUAGCCUGCUCACAGCUAGCCCUCCCACACUCACCUCUGUAGGCGGUGUGUUGAACCAUCAUGUGGACCGCGGGCCUCUAAGACUCACUUGCCAGCAGAUCUAAUAACAGCAAUUGUUUGUGUAGCUUAGUCACAGGCUAGUAAAGGCCCGAUCAGUUUUCCAGCAGUAUCCUAAUGUGUAGGCACGGAGUCGCAGGGAUGCAUGGAUGAGUUGCCCUGAACAUGUAGUAGACACCUUAUUCACAUGGAUGAAGUUCCCCACCAUGUUGUUCUCCUUUCCUGAUGUUAACCCACCGGCCCUUACCCGGAACAGGCAGCAGAAACAGGCGUGAGCGGGUGUCUCUGUGCGCCCUUUUCUUCCCACAACACACACACACGUACCAGGUCGACAUGCCUCAGGACACGAUGACCGCCCACCACAUAAUCUACGGAUGUACAGACGUUUAGGGAAUAGCGAUGCGCACAAUGCCUGGAACGAUGCUCUAUCUCUGGGAAUAAACAGUACUUACAUCAUUGUGUUGUGAUGGUGUAAGCGGAGGGCGAACUGAAGUGUAAUGGCACCUUCUCACCACAUCCCGCUAUCACCACUCCCACCUUGCCUGACUUUGGGUCUGUCAGUAAGAUGUAUGGAUAUAUAGCUAGGACUCGUAUUAGAUUCCAUACAUAUCCAUGCCCCCCUGGUGUUUGUGUCCGAGGAUUGUCACUGCGCUCUAUGUGAAGUACCCUGUCCAUGCUACUUAUCUCCUUAGACUGCUGGACUAUAAAUAAACACUGAUACGGCUA